ACAAUAAAAGGAGGCGCGCUCCACUAUCUGCAGCUACUACCAUUCACUUGAAAGCGGUGAAAGUAAUGCACAGAGGUGACAACAGCAGGACAGUAGAUUAUAGAAUACGAUAAUUUAAUAGGGAUAGUGAUUUAUUCUGUAAAGCUUUAUUGUUAGUACAUUUUGUUGAUAAAGCAUCAUCAUGUAUCCGGACUCGAGCCCAGACUACGAUGACUCCUCGAGCUCGUCUAUCAGCAGCAGCAGCAGCAGCAGCAGCACCUGCGCAGCAUCGCCUACCGGAGAUAUCCCCCAGUGUAGCCAGCGAUCUCCAGAUUCACACAGGAACAAAUCGUCAAUGGACAGCAACAUGUCGCAGGAUGUCUGUGGAGAAACAGACUCUCCAUGGCAGUCUCCCUUUGUUCCAACGGUGACUGCAAUCUCAACCUCCCUGGAUCUGCACUGGAUGUUCCAACAGACCACCGUCAUCACAUCAGCAUCAGUCUCCUCCUCCUCCUCCUCCUCUUCCUCCUCCUCCUCCUCCUCCUCCUCCUCCUCUUCCUCCUCCAGUGGACGUGCAAAGCUUAGCAGAGCGCAUGGCGCAACCCAGUUGUCUUCCAGAGUGGAAGGCAGCAAGAAAGGGAAAAAACAGCCUUCAUCAGAAGAGGACGAGAGGAGAAAUAUCAGGAGAGAGAGGAAUAAAGUCGCUGCAGCCAAGUGUCGCAACAGACGGAGGGAGCUCACUGACACCCUGCAAGCCGAAACUGAUCAGCUUGAGGGGGACAAAGAGGCCUUGCAGACAGAGAUAACCCACCUCCUGAAAGAGAAAGAGAGACUGGAACAGAUCCUAUCCGCCCACCAGCCAGCCUGCAAACUAGCCGUCGCUGAGGACGAUAUCGAAAAUGAGAUCGACGAUGACAUUGAAGGCAUUCUACAAGACGCCCCAGAUUCUGCCCAGCUGCUCUCCAUCUUGGAGAAUGCAGACAAACUCCAACUCCCAGAAGGUAAUGCGACAGUAGUGACUGUGUCCAAGGUCCCCUUGUUCCAAGAAAUGGACACCGUCCCCGUCCCAAGCAUCUCCAUCUCUGCCUCGGCAAUCUUGGGUAACUCCAACAUCCUACUGUGCUCCAGUGCUGAGGAAGAACCCAUGGAGGAUCUAGACUUCGACCAGGGUGACCUACAGGACCUGGUCCCCAGUCUGGAACUCAACAUGGCUGUGGCCCCUGAGACCGCCCCGUCCGUUCCCGACAUCGACCUCCUCGGGGGCCCCUUCUGCCUCUCAGACUGGGAGACCCUGUACAAGUCUGUGGCUAAUGAUCUGGAGCCCCUCUGCACCCCUACGAUGAUGACUUCCACUGACAGUCCUACAUGUAGCAGUUAUUACCGCUCUGUGUUUUCGUUCAAUUACUCCGAGAUAGAUCAUGUGGCUGAGGAGAAGGGGUGUUGUGAGAGCUCCGAGGGUCUCAAAGGAGUCGUUAGCGGUAGAUCUGAUUUGAUUAACGGUAGUCUCAAUUCUCCCACUCUGUUGGCCUUGUGAAUCUGUUAUGAACUGGUUGGAGAAAUAGGGCCAGUUCCCCACACACAGAAUAAGCCUAGUCUUAUUAAAAAGUAAUAAUAGCAUAUUCAAUAAUGAUUCUCCAUUGAAAGUGCUCUCCUAGUCCAGGACUAGGACUAGAUCUGUGUCUGGGAAACUGGUCCAUGAGGUUGAUAUUGAAUCAAUAAGCUAUGGUCUAUUUAUCUAUCUAUCUAUCUAUCCCCAGAUGUUUUGUUAACCUUUAACCUUUAGCACCAAAUGAAAUGGUUACUGUGACUGUAACGGUGUUAACUUCUUCCAGAUAUAUUGGUGCACCUGUGAGGGCUGUUCACUCUCUUGAGUAGUGGUGGAAAAAGUACCCAAUUGUCAUACUUAAGUUAAAGUAAAGAUUCCUUCAUAGAACAUAAUAGACUCAAGUAAACGGGAAAGUCACCCAGUAAAAUACGACUUGUGUAAAAAUCUAAAAGUAUUAGGUUUUUAAAUAUACUUAAGUAUUCAAAGUAAAUGUAAUUGCUAAAAAUAUACUGAAGUAUCAAAAGUAAAAGUAUAAAUAAUGACUUAUAUUACUUUACGGAUAGCCAGGGACACACUCCCAACACUCAGGCAUCAUUUACAAACCAAGCAUUUGUGUUUAGUGAGUCAGCCAGAUCAGAGGCAGUUGAGCUGGCCAGGGAUGUUAUCUUCAUAAGUCUGUGAAUUGGACCAUUUUCCUGUCCUGCUAAGCAUUAAAUAUGUAACCAGUACUUUUGGGUGUCAGGGGAAAUGUAUGUGGUAAACUCACUUUUUUUUUUAGGAAUAUAGUGAAGUUUAAAAGUAGUAAGAAAUAUAAAUAGUAAAGUACAGAUACCUCCAAAAAAGUACUUAAGUAGUACUUUAAAGUAUUUUUACUGAAGUACUUUACACCACUGCUCUUGAGAGAGAUACAUAUGUAUAUUGUUGGUAUUGUAUCAAAAUUAAAUGCAUGAAAAAUCAUACCAUUCAAAAUGGUGCUACAUUUUUUGUGUUUCAUCCUUAAAUAUAUAUGUGAAACUAGACUGUGGUUUGUGUGGAUGCCGUUAUCAGAUUGUGUCUGAACAGGUGAAAUUACAGUUUAAGUAAUGUGGACAUUAUUUUACUGUAAGGUGAGAUUUCUUUCAGGUUUUCACUGAAAACACAGUGCCAUGUGUUUUAUUAAGAUGUAUUUUAUGACAUAGAUUAUUUUUUUUUACAUUCAAAGUUUUGACUAACUCUUGGUCAAAUGCAAAAAAAUAAAUAAAUAGAACACAGACAAAUAAAAAAUAUAACAUUGACAAAUCUUAGUUGUUGACUGUUUUAAUGGAAUACAUUGCAUUCUCAUAUAUAGGCUGUUGUUCAGGUCUGUAUAGGCCUAUAAUGAUAUUUCUGUCAGAAUAAGUCAUAUAAGCUACUUCUUAUGAAAGCCUACAGCUAUGUCAAAUUCUCUUUCCAUAAAUAAUUGUAAUAUUGGAACGAUAUAAAUUCAUCGAGGAUAACAUGUAUUUUUAAACAACGAGAUCAUGUUAAUGAUUCAUUGUCGUUAAUCUCUUGCCAAUAUUCUCCCUGUCAAGGCAAUUUCAGAUAAACACACAGCACAGAGUGUACGGUUGCAGUAUUUUUACAUCACGACGUGUUUACGCUGCACACGAUUGCGUUGCACUUCCAUGUCCAUAUUUGGAGAGUUCAGACGUUUUGUCUCCAUGGAGAUGUUUUGGCAGUGUCGGGUUUCUCUCCGGAAGAUUUUCCCGGAAAAAAAGACAAAGCAGGGCAGGCAGAGCGAGUGGAGGGAGAACCCGAGAGAACCGUUGUUAUCAGGAAACACACAGUCCUUCACAGGAAUUCCCAUGUAAUAGAGUGCCGUGGAAUUCAUUUUACAUUGCCUGUAGCUGUACGUGUUUAUGCUGGCUUUAGUUGUAUUAUUAGCUUGUCUGCCUGCUCCUACCCAUGAAAAAAAUAGAAUUGCAUUUUCUAUUCUGUUCUAUCCUCUUCUAGCCUAUUCUGUUCUAGAAUUGCCUCUUCUUGCCGUGCAACCUAAUACAGACAGUGCCAGACAGACAACUAAACAUGUUUCUUCUUAAAUA